CAAGCAAAAGAUUGCGGAGGCAUCCAAGAAGUUACGUGCCUUUACCAGGAUGGCUCAGAGCCCCAAGGUAGAGGUACAGACCUUCAGCCAGCGUAUUAAGAACUUGGUUUCUAGGAAUAAAAGCAAAAGUAGGAAAAAGGAUGAAUUCUCGCUUGAGAAAACUAUAAAAUCAGAUGGGAAGUAUGCUAGAAUAUCAGACCUGGAUAAGAGCCAGGAUAGAAGUAUUACUAAGACCAUGAUGAGUGAUCUUAAUAACCAAACUCCAUGGAAUAAAGAACCUGUUUCUGUAAUGGAGAGAUCUAUCAAGUUUGAAUUAUAAAAGCCCACAACCUUGCUAAUGAUGGUACUGAUGAAGAUGAGCUUGAUGCUCAAAUGAUGUCUGCUGUCAGUGAAUUCGACUCUAAAAAGAGCUGGGGAGUGUUCAGACCAGAUUCUACAGGCCAUAUGGCAUGGACCUUACUUGGAUUUAUUAUUAUUUUCUAUCAAUCAGUACUUGUUCCUUACAGAAUCUGAUUUGAUUCAGAAGCAAUUGGCUUUUGGGCAAUGCUUGAAUUUGCUAUGGAUAUAUAUUUCUGGACAGAUAUUUUUGUGAAUUUCAAUUCAGGAAUAUAUUCCAAAGGAAUCCUCGUCCUGCAAAGGCAUAAAAUUAUGAUCAAUUAUGCUACAGGUUGGUUCAUACUCGAUGUUCUUGCGAGUUUUCCAUAUUCAUUUAUCUUAGAGAGUAUUUUUAUCCAAGAUUCUGAGUCCUCAGGCUUAAAUUCCUUGUCACAGACUCCUCAGCUUCUGAGAUUGCUUAAGGUAAUAAGAUUUUUAAGAAUUUUAAGACUCAUCAGAGUUCUUAAGAUCAAAAGACUGGUUUACAAGAUUGAGGAAUAUAUAGUAACUGAUACUUUGACUCUGAUCAUGGAUUCUCUGAAAAUGCUGAUGGUAAUCUUUUUCAUGACCCAUCUCAUGGCAUGCACCUUCUACUUUGUUGGAGACUAUGAGGCUUCAGUGCAGCCUCUUACAUGGAUUGUCAUAAAUGAUAUCCAAGAUCUUACACUUUACGAAAAAUAUAUUACUUGUGUGUACUUCUCAUUCACCACUAUUACAACAGUUGGAUAUGGUGACAUUAGCCCGAAUACAAAUUUAGAAAAGAUAUACGGAAUGCUAGCAAUGCUUAUUGCCUGAGGUUUUUUCGCCUAUAUCGUUGGAUCUAUAGGGUCGAUAGUCAAUAAGUCAAACAUUAUGGUAUCAGAAUUUCGUCUUAGGAUGUCCCAUAUUAACCAAUUUCUAAUUCACAAGAAUAUACCAAUGGAGCUUAAGACCUCUAUUAUGAGCUAUCUUGAGUAUAUGUGUGACUACAAGAAAAUGUACAAGCUUGAAGAAGGAGAAGUUCUUGCAAUGCUCAAUGAUACCCUUAGAGAGAAUGUAAUUGUCUAUCUUAACGGAAGAAUUAUUCAAAGUGCAAUCGUCUUUAAACAUUUCUCGAUGCUAUUCCUCAGUGAAAUUACUUUCAAGCUUGGCCAUCACACGUUCACGAUUGAUGAUCAUAUAUUUGAGGAAGGAAAUAUUGGAGACAAGCUUUUCUUCAUCAAUAAAGGAAGUGCUCUUCUUGUCCAUAAAAAGUCAAAGACAUUCAUCAAAGAGUUAGGAGUAGAAACUUGCUUUGGUGAAGUAUCCUUCUUCUCAGACCUUCCAAGAGCAGCUACUUCGACCGCUAAAACCUUCACUGAGACUAUGUUUAUCGAUAGAGAAAGUUUCCAUGAAGUUUCUAAAAUAUAUGCCAAAAAUCAGGAAAUAUUUGAAGAAAUUUAUGCUUUGAUCAGAGAUAAAGGAGAUCUCUCCCCAAUUGGGGUAAAAUGCUACGUCUGUAAUGAACUAGGACACAUGGCCAUGGAGUGCAGGGAAUUCUGGAGAAUUGAAGGGAACGUUAAAAGGCAUCUCAGAAGGCUGAGGUCCAUCAAUAACCAUAAAAUCAACAAAUCAAUUUCUGAUGUGCAACAAUCCAGCUUCAAGCGGAAAUAACAUGGAAAUAGAGAUCCGAGGAGACUCAAAAGCUCUUAGAAAACAACAAAUUGAAGAUGACGAGAUUAGAGAAAUGAUCAAGCAUAAUCUUGAACAUGGAGGGACAGAAGACAUUAUUGAUGUCAUCAGAAGAAACCAAGAAGUAGUAGAUGAUGAUGACGAAAUUGGGCUACAUGAUCAUAUUUAUGACUCCAGUAUUGACACAGAAAGGAGGAAUAAAAAGAAGAAGAGCAAAAAGAAAAGAAAGAAGAGUAAAGCAGAUUUAAAAACUCCUAAAUCAGAACUUAAGAAGGACAAAGAAGAAGAUAAGUCAGAUAUGCUUGAGGCUGACUUAGAAUCAGAAGAAUUCAAGAAAAAGACUGAAAGCAACUUCCUUCGUCGUGAUUUCCCAAAAAUAGACGUCACGAAAAUGAGUACAAUGAAGCAAGACUCUUUUGGGAAUAGCAAAGCUUCUGAAAACUCUAAGCAAUCGAAGGCAUCUGGACUAUCUAAACUCUCCAAAGUGUUAGAUAAUUUCUCACAAAUUGUAAGCCUUUCUUACAUAAUUUUUAGAAUCUACAGGGUAAGCAGGAUCAUUACUGAAAUAUUUGUCGACACUAAAUAGAUUCUGAAACUCUCCUGGAGGAAGUUUCAAUGAAAGAAUUGAAGACCCAGAUAUCAAAAUAAUUUCAAAACCAAAAAUCUUAAAGAAGAGGACUGAUGAAGGAGAUCAGAAGCUUAACAAGAGGAAACCGAAAGAUGAUAAAGACUUCUUCAACUAUGACGAUUCACAUAAAGAAUCUCCUAAUGAGAGCAACCAGUUUAGCUCGAAUUAUGAGAAGAAAAAUCCUCUGAUAAAUAACUCACACAAGGCUAAUAUCGCAAAGUCUUCAGAAAUAAUGAGUGAAAGAUCUAGCCAUAGAAAAAGUAAUAAAGGUGACUUUGAGCUUUAUGCUGAACGAAGGCUUGAAUUACUCGGGAAUUUUAAAAAUAGGAGACAAACUGAAAGGAAUUUUAAAAAAUAUGAUAUCACUUCUAAGCAAAACCAAGCUUCUUCAGUCUUGAGAUCCAAUUCUUCUAUGUAUAGAGAGCCUGUUUCCCAUACUCAUGGAGCUUUUAAAACAGCUCUGAAGAGGAGAAGACUCGAAUCCACAGAAGUUCCUUUAUUCAACCCCAAAAACUUUGACUUGAACUAUGAUAAGAGAAGGUUCGAUGGCAAUAACCCUGACGAAGAUUUCUUUGAUGAUGACCAAUAUGCUAUGAAUGAAGAGCCAGAAGGAUUUAACAAAUUACUGAAAAGAAAUCAACAUAUUCUGAGAAAGAAUUCUAUUUUCAGUCAAGCUUCAGGCCUGAGAAGGAAGUCCCGCAGACUGCACAGUGUCAACCAAAAGGUGAACCUCCCAGGGGGAGCUGGUAACAUUCCAAAUGACAUAAACUUUGCAAUAUUUGAACUCUCUGAAGAAGACGAAGAUGAUAAAGCUGAAAUUAUGCGUGCUGAUGCUGACGCCUAUGACAUUUACGCUAUCGAAAACAAGAAAUUAUUGUUCUAGAUUCAAUCAUUUAAA